CGCACAUGAGAAAGCGACAGCGGAUUACAACCUCCAGCGGCCGCGCGCACAUCUGCCUGGAUGUUUACGUAAUAUAUACGGUCUCUCUAUGAGCUUCGGGUCAAAGAGACGCCUUCCGUUUUGAUUUACAGAGCAUCUGCUAUUUUUGUAGCAAUACAACCAUGUCACCGUGCGUAAAUACGCGCAAGGUUUCCGCGCCGUCUCUUUAGCCUGAAAACGAUUGGACUCUGUCACCUCAGCACGCAAUAACACCGUUUUUCAUCGUUAGGGACUGCGUGGACGCCACUGGUCACUCCACUGGGCAUGUAAACGCGUUUUACGCGUCUAGCGCGUCUCUGCGCACUCGACCUUUUUACGAUGUACAGCGAGGAUGCGCUGGCGUUAACGGCACCGUUAUGGUCGCCCGGUCCCCUGAAGAUGCGCUGGAUGUAGAAGUAUAGCCAUGACUGCAUGUGUGAGAGAGGGUGCUUGAGUGUGUGAUUGAACAGGAUGGGAAAAGAACAGGAACUCUUGCAGGCGGUGAAGACGGAGGAUCUGAUUACCGUCCAGCGGCUCCUCCAGAGACCCAAACAGGGCAAAGCGAAGCUCCUGGGUGCUGCUAAGAAAGUGAAUGUGAAUUUCCAGGACACAGACGGGUUAUCUGCCCUGCAUCAUGCUGCUCUUAACGGUAACGUGGAGGUGAUUUCACUGUUGCUUGAGUCACAAUCUGUCGUAGACAUCAAAGACCAGAAAGGGAUGCGGCCCUUGCAUUAUGCUGCUUGGCAGGGCAAGUGUGAGCCCAUGAAAAUGCUGCUCAAGGCGGGCUCAUCAGUCAACAGCCAAUCAGAUGAGGGACAGAUACCUUUACAUCUCUCAUCACAACACGGCCAUUAUGAAGGAAGCGAGAUGCUGCUCCAACAUCAGUCGAACCCCUGCCUCAGAGACCACGCUGGGAAAACCCCUCUAGACUUGGCCUGUGAAUUUGGACGAGUCACGGUGGUGCAGUUGCUCCUGAACAGUAACAUGUGUGCUGCUAUGUUAGAACCAAAGCCCUCCGAUCCCAAUGGCAUCAGUCCGCUCCAUUUAGCGGCUAAGAAUGGACAUAUCGAGAUCAUCAAGUUACUGAUCCAGGCUGGUAUAGAUAUAAACCGACAGACGAAAUCAGGCACAGCGUUGCAUGAAGCUGCUCUCUGCGGGAAAAUCGAGGCUGUACGACUGCUUUUGGAUAGUGGUAUCAGUGCUGGGGUGAGGAACACGUUCUGUCAGACAGCGCUGGAUAUUGUUAACCAGUUCACCACUACCCAAGCCAGCAAGGAAAUCAAACAGAUGCUGAGAGAUGCAUCGGCUGCCAUGCAAGUGAGGGCUCUUAAGGAUUACUGCAACAACUACGACCUGACAAGCCUCAAUAUUAAAUCAGGCGACAUCAUCACGGUCUUGGAGCAGCAUUCUGAUGGACGAUGGAAGGGCUGUAUCCACGACAACCGAACAGGAAAUGACCGUGUGGGUUACUUUCCGUCCAACAUGGUGGAAGUCAUCAAAAGGGCAGGUCCCUCAACCCAACAGUAUCUUAAGAUACAGAUCCGUCCGCCAGCAAUUGGUUCAGUUGUCAUGGUGAACGGUGACUCCUCCCACAUUUUUUCUCUGCCCCUCACUCCCCCUCCCCCUCCUACCCAGCCCCUUACCCAUCAGCCCCUCUUCACCUCAUUUGGCUAUAAUAUGCCUACCUGCAGCACAUUUGGGUAUGAACCAGCCUCCUCCUGCUCAGAGGAGCCACAAAAAGAGACAGGCUCAAGGGGAUCCGUUUCCAGCCCUCAUGGUUCACCAACCCUUAGCGGCCAGCAGAGUGGCGCUAACGAGGAGAUUUGGGUACUGAGGAAACCUUUAGCUGCAGGGGGCAGUGUUGGCAGUAUGGGCAGCACAGGCAGUCUAACCAGUGGACGUUCAUCUACUAGUGGACAAAGCAGUAAUGCCAACGCUCACCUCACCAACUCACCUGUGCCCGUGCCAACCACCCCCACGCACUCACCUGGGGUGAACGCGCAUGGCCUCAACGUCCCGGGACUGCAUGCUCAGGCCGAGGGCGUAAAGCUGUUGGCCACGGUGCUGUCCCAGUCAGCCAAAGCAAAAGAACAUCUUAUGGACCAAUCUCAGUCUUUAGAUCCUAAUUCAGUGUCUUCUCAGCGCACUCAGAAUGCAUCUGCUGUCCCGCGUCAGCAAAGGAAGAAACCCUUUGUGGAUCCAUUGCUGCAGAGGAAAGAUGAAGCUUCAGCUGAGAGCAAGAGCUCAGAGGCUGUUGUUGAAUGGCUCACUAGUGCACAGCUGCAGUUCUACACAACAAACUUUCUCACUGCUGGUUAUGACCUGCAGACCAUAAGCAGAAUGACACCAGAGGAUCUCACUGCUAUUGGAGUAACAAAACCAGGGCACAGGAAGAAAAUGCUUUCAGAGAUCAGCAAAAUAAACAUCCCAGACUGGAUACCUGAAGAGAAACCUUCAAAUCUGGCUGAGUGGCUGUCGGCAAUUGGUCUCAAUCAAUACUACCAGACAUUGGUUCAGAACGGUUAUGACAAUAUGGACUUCAUUAGUGAUAUUACCCUGGAGGACCUAAAAGAGAUCGGCAUCACUAAACUAGGACACCAAAAGAAGUUGAUGUUAGCUGUCAAACGACUGAGUGAAUCUCCAGAAGCAGACAUUGCCACCAAGGAGAGCCAGUUAGAAGAAAGCACAGAUUCAAAACAAUCAUUAGAAACCAGCACAGAACCAGAUGAGAACUCUGUCCCCUCUGUUCGAAUGCGUAAAAGAACAGAUGGACGAUCGGAGGGGCGUAGCUCUCCCCGGCACAGCACCCAAGGGCGGGGCAUACAAAGAGCUAAUGCCCCUCCUCCUCUGAAGAAACCCAGCUCAAUUGAGAGUCCCACCCCAACACCUCCACACACCCCUACUAAAGGCAGAACUUCAACUUCUGCUUCAAAUUCUCCUUCACACAUUCCUUCCUCCCCGCUAAAAACACAGAGCAGGGCUAGAGGGCCUUGCGACUCUCCCCGUUCACAUUCUCACGCUCGUACUGUCCCCUUACUUUGCCUACCGCCUGAAGGAGAAACCGAAGCAGGCAAUAGCCAAACUCUGCCCCAGCCAAGACGCGGACAAUCCAUUGUUACUGAUGCUGAGCAUGACUUACCCAUGCCAGACUCCUCUGUGAAAUACGCCACACUAGGUGGACAUAGGGUUACACCCAGCAGCUCUUCGAGAGCCUCUAAUGAAACUCUUGACAUCAACAGUGUUAAUCGCAGUCAGUCGUUCGCUACAGCUCGGCCGCGCAGACGGACUCGUCCUCCAACUCCACCAAAACGUUCAUGCUCUUCCAUUUCCACUGGCAACCUGGCUGACGAGGCUGCAGCAGAUGAUGCAAGGUCUAUUGAAAAUAUGGCUAACAAUUUGCUACUCAAUGUGACAUACAGGGAGCGCAGACGUAGUGACUGUGGCAUUGCCUCUGAAAAAACUUCAUCUGGGGGCAGCGUGAGAGACAUUGCUGCCAUGCUUGAAAUGUCCAAACUCGGAAGCAGUGGUAAAGGAAGUGGUUAUCUGCAGGCAAGCCAUAACCUCCUGCGGCAGAACCGUGAAGUUCUGAAUUCUGACGCAGAUAGUCGCCGCCGCACAAUCAGCGAAUUUUAUGACUCUCAUAAGCAGCCUGAUGAUGAUGUACGAGAAGAAGAGAUGAACCGAGUCAUGCAAGACUCCGCACAUCAUAGACCAGCACCUCGUGAAACCCAACCAGUUAAACAGGCCCCUGAACCACGUCCUCGUUCCAUGAUCACUCAUCUGGAAGCAGGAGUUUCUUCUCUGCCACAAGAGGAGUGGUCACGGAUGGAUGCCACAGCAACUUUAAGAAGACCACGACCACCACAUCAUUCAGAUUGUGAACAUUUUAACCUGACAGAAACAAGUACUAUAAAGCGAAGACCCAAAGCAUUGGCUCCACCACAGAGUAAUGGCACUGAUGGAGAUGGGCCAGAGAACUUUCGGAGAAGGCCUGUAUCAGAAGCUUGUGUUGGAGAUGGUAGUAGGGAGGAAGAACUGCAUCAUGAUGUCUUUGGCUCUCUUCCCAGACAAAUACUAAAACCCCCAGUUUCACCUAAACCAGCAAUGGCCCUUCGAAAACCAGAUCCCCCAACUCCUACAAGAAGGGUUCCCUUACCUGGACCAGAAGGUCAACAUAGCCCAGUGGAGGUUAAGAAAGUCCCGCCUCCAGUAUCUCCCAAGCCAAGUCCACCUCCUACACUGCCCAAACCAGUAAAAAUCAAACCAAUCCAUACAAUUGGAACUCCUGGCUCUCCUCAGGCAGAUGUUCUCAGCCCAUCCAGUGCCUCCUUCAGCCAAGCUCCAUCUGAGCAACUGGAGCAUCCACCACAAACCUUGAGUCCAGUCACCCCAAAACCAAUGGAUGGGAGCAUGCUUUCCACACGUGCAGCAACAUCUCCAGCUCAGAGCCCACAGACUCCUCAGACACCCCAAACCCCACAAACACCUUCUACUCCAGGUUCAGGAUCAGCUCCAGUGAAGCCCCCGAGGUCUUCCAUGGCUGGUCUCUCAGUGGACAUCCCAAGCCCUCUGGAAGUGGAACUGCCUGGAGUGGAUGUGCAAAAGAAGCUAAGGGAAGUAGAGAAACAAAGAGAGGAAGAUGACGGUAGGAGGCAAGAAAGAGUAGAGGAAGUUGGAAUUGCUAGAAUGGAAAGGACAGGUCUGAUCCAGGUGGAUCAAAUGUUUCAAGGUGAACAAGGCCUGAUUUCAGAUACAGGGGAGGGAGGACCCGUGGUAAUGAGAAGGAGGAAGGUAGGUGUAGCCAGACAGACACAAGUAGAGGGUGAACCACAAGAUGGAGAAAGAAAGACAGAGGUGGAAAGCCAAGGCUUACUGAAGAUUGCUGAAACGGGGGGCUCUGUUUUGGGGGAUAUGGUACAACUCAGACUGGAGGAGACCAGUGCAUCCCUGGCUGCUGCUCUGGAAGUAGUGGAGGAGAAGAUUAAGAAGGAUGACAGCUCCAUUGUGGACAACAAGAGCACAGUCAACAUUCUCGAUGACAUUGGCAGCAUGUUUGAUGAUCUUGCGGAUCAGUUGGAGGCCAUGUUAGAUUAAAAAACAAAAGGUAUACCAGAUUCCAUAGGGAGUGUGACACAUUUGAGCUUCUUGAAGUUUCUCCGUGAGGGCCACCGGGAUGCCAUCUCAGCAGGAUUGGAAACUCAAUAGGGCAAAUGAAUCUCUUCCAUUCCAACAUGCUUAAAAGUCAAACUUCAACUGAGCAUCUCUAAGAAAAAGCCUAAUUGUUGACUAAUGCUUUCUCAAACCCCUUUCAUUCUCCACCAGCCUUUCCUCUAGUGGCCAGAGUAGGUACUGCAAGUAUGUAUCCUGACCUGCUGUCAUGCUGCUUCCAGAGAUAAGCACAAUAUUAAGAGAGACUAUGUGACAAGCUUUCUAGAUAUUAUUUAAGCAGAGAAAUGCUAAUAUGUAUGAGUGUGUGUAUAUGUGUGUACUACAUGUUGGGUGAGAGUUGACUAUCAAUUAAUAUUUCUCUUGAUGGCAGUGCUAAGACCAGUAAAGGCAAGUUGUUUUCUCUUUUAUGAUGUUAGGAAGCUGUAUUGUUCUUUUCCACAUCUCUGCUGAGAGCUUGUCCACAUGUAAAGGGGAACUUUGAAUUUUACCUUGUGGUCUUCAGCUGGAAAAUUUACUAAACGCUUGGUUUGGACUAAAUAUAUGAAGAGCACAACCCCAUUUAUGACCCUGAAGAUAUUCAGACUUUUUUGGACUAUUUUGUCCAAGAUUUCUUUGCUCCCUUGAAGUAUAAUGAAGAAAAGCUUUGGACUUGAAAAGGUAUAUUGUAAUCUUUAUGUAUGUUAUUAUUAUUGUUGUUGCUGUUGUUGUUGUUGUUGUCAGUGUGUGUGAAUGUUUGACUGUGUAGUGUAGUUCUUGCAUUGACAAAUCCCACCCUGCCCAAGUUAUAAUACAUAGAUAUAGACAGAAUUCAGAAUAAGAUGCUGGAAAGAGUAGUGUAUAUAUGACAUAUAGGUUAUAGUUAUCAUUGAUAGUCUAGAGUAUGGAAUGCAUCAAUAUGGAAUGCUACAGACACCUGCUCAUUCCUAAUGUGCUCUAAUAAGUGUUUGUGUGUGUGUGUUUGUUUGUGUGUUUGGAGGGGAGGUCAGUUUGAGAGUGAGAUAAUUAGGAAGUGUAUGUUUAUAGUUUUGGGAAAGAGACUGUAUGUUUGUCUUCUCUUACAAAAAAUGUGCCAUGUUUUUGGACAUGGUACCAUGGUAUUUUUUGAAAUAGCAUGGAUGACCAUGUUAAUUCUACAGUACAUGUAUAUGGUAAUCAUACAGUACUGUUGUAUUACCAUCUGAUACCAUAGUACCACCACAGUACUUUUUUGUAAGGGCUGAGUGUGUUAAUCUCUUGGACAGUGCAAUUAUUCCUGUUUUGUCAUGCAAACAAAAAAAGGCUUGCUGACAGGAGAAGUUGCAUAUUCUAUACAAGUGGCUAAAAUUAGAUAAUAUAAGACUAUGUCAUCACAAGAUGUAUAAGACUACAGAGCAAUAUUUUUUAUCCAUGCACCAUGUUAUUCAUUUUAGCUUUAUAAGUGAUACUUUAAAACCAGCCAUCUGGGAUACAACAGAACUGAACAUUUUCCGACAAUCAUGACAAUGUUGUCCUUGAUUAUGACCCUGCAAAGUCAAUGGAAUAGAUGUUGGAGUAUGAAAUCUUUUACAGUGUAAAACUGUGUAAUAAUCAGUUGUUAUUUUGUGUAAACCUUCAGAUGGCAAAUGUGUUUGUCUGACCCUGGUGAAAAAAAUAAAAAAUAUCAUCAAAGACCUCUUCCAUGUAAAAAGCAUUGCGAAUAUGUGGAAUUAAUAUAAAUAAAUUGUUAUGAAUAUAA